CUGAGUGCGUGCAUCAAAAAGCCAUAAUUGCUUGUUUCUUUGUUACGAUUGUCAUGUUUACAUUUCCUAAUCGGAAAUAAUCUCUGUCGUUGGAAGCAGUGCGGAUCGAGGUAUGGCCAAGACUAAGACGAUUAGCAAGGGGUGCCCCAAAUGCGAGCAGCAGGUACCCGUUGCCUGCAAAGCUUGUCCCUGCGGACAUUCUUUUUUCAAUGCACGUCGCAACUCUAUCAAGAGUCCACCCAGCCCCGACAGUGGCGUGAUGAAGACAAGAAGAACGAAUCGAAUUAAACGCGAGAAGCCAAAUUAUUAUGACGCUUUGGAAUAUGACAAACAGAUGAAAAAAAGUGCCAAGAUCAGACGGACUACGGACAAUGCAACCGAUAUCGAUUGUCGACAGUUGAAUAAAAAGAAGAAACGAAAGGGAAAGGGAAAAGGCAAAAGUGGCAGUAACAGCGGUAUGGGCGACGAUGACGAUGAGAUGGACGGGAUCAAUGGACUGUCACCAGAGAAGCAGCUCACUUGUUCCCUCAUAUUGCAAGAACUGAACAACAAGAUGAGAGUGGUAGCUUGGAAGCCCACGUGAAAUCUGCAAUAAGUGUAGAUUCAUGUAAAUAUUCCUUUGACGAUCUCAAUGACUUAGUCUGACAUAAUUAUCAUAUGCAUGAUGGUGAAAAGGCGGAUGGAAUGAAGUUACUCAGUGCAAUGCGCUGUCCUCUAUUGGUAUUGAGUAUUGAAGUUACCGAGACUUUACAUCGAUAUUCGUCCCUAUACAGAAAUAACUGCCAUGAAAGUCUCCGACGUAAUUUUUCAUGUAGCAUCCUUAUGGAUUCUUUUUUUCAUUGUGAUUGAGAAUUGUGAUGCUAUCUCAAAGUAUGGAAUGUGUAACUCUAGAUUAUAUACGUUUCUUAUACGUACAAAUAGUACUAUUUGUGUUUCCACCUUUAGCGCUAAAUAUAAUCUGAUUCUCAAAAUUAUUCUUAGAAUUCUUGACAGGUAGAUCACGGAUAAUAUCGGAAAAUUGCAAUCGUAAUCGGACUGCCAUAUAUAGCGCUUACGAAUGCAAAUAUAGACUUUACACACUUUGACAAACAAAAUCUUCCGAGAUUAUUCGUAGCAUUAUAUUCAUAUACAAAUAUCUAUCUUGAAGAUUAAAAAGAAAAGAAAUACGUAAAAAACAUGACUCAACGUGUAAAUAUCUAGGUCUAUUAAAAAGGAUUUAUUGUAUUUAUAUUGUAAAAAAUUUCUAUCGUAGAUAUAGAUUAUUUAUCGUUUUUUUAUAUAUCACAUACCCAUCGUUUUUUAAAUAUAUCGCAUACCCAUUUGAAACAUCAAUUUACUUAUCUAUGUAGUAGUCACCCUUUCAUUUAUAAUCAUUUUUUAUAUAAAUGUUCACAUCAAGAACAUUGAAUUAAUAAGAGAAGAGAUUUUGUAUAUAAUUAUAAUAUGUAAAAUGUAAAUAAUAAAGACAGGAUAAGGAAA